AUGGACGUGCAGGCUGUGUUUUCUCUCAGCGAGAACGCGACGGCAGGUCCGCCGGGCUGGCUGAGCUUCUCCCCGGCUUCAGUGAACAGCAGUCCGGCGCUGACCGAGUGGACUGAGCCGGAGGAGCAGCAGGGUGAGGAGCUGGUGUACAAGCUGCUGUACGGGCAUCAGGAGAAAGCUUACCGAGACUUCACCAUCUCCAUCCAGCUCCUCAUCCUCAUCGGUUCACUGUUAGGCAACGCUGCAGUGCUGUGGUGUACCUGCUGCACCAACGUCUUCAAAUCCGUCACCGGACGCUUCAUCAAGAAUCUGGCCUGCUCGGGCAUCUGCGCCAGCCUGGUAUGUGUCCCCUUCGACGUGCUCCUUAACGCCAGCCCGCGCUGCUGCUUGUGGAUCCACACACCACUGCUUUGCAAGGCUAUCAAGUUCCUGCACCGGCUCUUCUGCUCGGUCACCGUGCUCAGCUUCGCUGCUAUUGCGCUGGAUAGGUAUUUUUCUGUUCUGUAUCCACUGGAGAAAAAGAUAUCAGACGCCAGAUCCAGAGACCUUGUGAUAUAUCUGUGGGUUCAUGCAGCAGUGGCCAGCAUACCUGUCUUCGCUGUGAGCAAUGUGACGGACAUCUAUGCCACCUCCACCUGCUCUGAAGAACACUCUUUAGGGCACCUCGUUUACAUGGUGCUCUACAACCUCACCACUGUGAUCUUACCCCUCGCUGCUGUGUUUGUGGUCAUGGCGCUGAUCCGGCGGGCACUGAGUGCUAGUCAGAAGAAGAAGGCGAUUAUCGCGGCGCUGCGUACUCCACAGAGCAGCGUCUCUAUCCCGUACGUGUCUCAGCGUGAGGCUGAACUUCAUGCUGCUUUGCUUGCUAUAGUCUUGGUAUUUGUGCUCUGCAGCAUUCCCUAUGCUGCACUGUUGCCAUACCGGGCACUGCCAGCUGCUGCCCAGGUAUCACAGUGGCUGCACCUGACUGCUAUAUGGUUGCCCAAGGUGUCUCUGUUCACUAAUCCACUUCUAAUAGUGACAGUGAACCGGUCAGCACGUCGUCGCUUGUUCGACGCCCUGGCACACCUACAGCGGCGCUACAGCCGGAGAAACAAUGCAAUAGGUGUGGGUGCAGUACCCAACGCUGGACCUUUGGGUGGAGAGGUGCUCGCCCGCUCUGGCAGCCAGUUGCUUGAAAUGUUCAAUAUUGGUCAGCGGCAGAUAUUCAAGCCCAACGAGGAUGAUGACGACGAGGAGGUGAAUGACAUUUCAUCGGUAGCCAAUUUCCAGUCCAGACAGGAGGACGGGGUGGCAGCAGGGGCAGGAACAUCAGUAGCUCAACACCAAAAAGGAGAGGGAGCCAAAGAUGUGGGUUUACCCGUACCAAAACAUUCUCCUAUUCAACACUGUGCAUACUCGUCCUCGCAGGUGGCACCCGCAACACCGUCGGACCCUGAAGAUGCCACCCAGUUUGGGUUUGGCCCAUUUGAACUGCCCCCUCAGUGGCUCCCUGAAACCAGGAACAGUAAGAAAAGACUGCUGCCCCCGCUGGGCAACACUCCAGAGGAACUAAUCCAGACCAAACAGCCGAAAACACGACCCGAAAAGCGCAUCAGCAGGAACAACAAAGUUAGCACAUUUCCUCCUGUAGACCCGUGAGACCAUUACUGACCAAUACUUUAGCAUUCAUGGCUAGAAUACCAUGAUUUUGCCAGAUGGAGUCCCUUUGGGGUGGCACAGUGGCUCGGUCCUGGGUUUGAUUCCCAGGUGGAUCGGUUCAGGUCCCUUCUAUGUGGAGUUUGCAUGUUCUCAUCGUGUCUGCGUAGGUUUCCUCCCACAGUUCAAAAACAUGCAGUCAGGUUAAUUGGCGAUACAAAAUUGCCCCUAGGUAUAUGUGUGUGUGUGUGUGUGAUGGACUGGCGACCUUUCCGGGGGUUUCCUACCUGGACACCACGACCCUGAAUCUGAUAUGACGGUGGUAAAACACUCAAUGAAUGAAUGAAUGAAUGAAUGAACGAGUCCCUUCGGAUCGUGUUGUAUUUAGCGUCUUUGUACAAUCACUAGGUUUAGCUGAUCUCAGGCUCGCGAAACCUACCGGAUGGCGACCUUUUACUGAAACUGUACGUAUUUCAUUUGUUAGAUGGAUUGUAAUUAAUUGUGUUUUUUUUGUAUUUGGGAAUGAAAUGAAGUGAAAGUGGACAGAGCGCGUUGAUAUGCGCUCCGAAAAGAAUUCCGAAGGACACAUGGAACACGACGUUGAUUUCUGUAACUGUAAUGUUGAAUAUUUGUAUGUGUUAUCUUUAAAAGCCACAGCAAUAAGGUAUAGCUUAGCUUUGAAUGAAGUUAUAUGGCUGUAUUCAGUCAGCAACUGAGGAUAAACAUAACA